AUAACAACGAAGCGCGCUUAUGUUUUUUCAGCGUGCUGCGGUGUAAGCACUCUUCAGUGGAAAAAAGGAUCAUCGACAGCUCGGUGCAGUUGCAAAGGUUGCUCGAGUGAGGUUUAGAACAGCUGCUGCCUGUUCACCUGCAUCGGAUUCAGAGCUCCGUUCGGUAGCAAGACCCGUCGCAAUGUCCGGCGACUCUGAAAAGCCUCCAGAGCCUACAGGCAAGGGCCGAUCGGGAGCCCUCAUCGUCAGUUCACGACAGAAGGGGAACCCGCUGCUCAAAAGCCUCCGCAGCGUGCCGUGGGAAUUCGGAGACAUCGAACCCGACUACGUCCUGGGUCAGACAACGUGCGCGUUGUACCUCAGCUUACGCUACCACCAGCUGUUCCCCGGAUACAUCCACAGCCGGCUACGCUCCUUGGGCCGUGCUUUCGAGCUGCGCCUGCUCCUGGUGCAAGUAGACGUGGCCGAUCCCCAUCCCAGUCUUCGCGAACUGUCCCAGGUGUCCCUGUUGGCUGACUGCACCAUGUUGCUGGCAUGGAGUGCUGAAGAAGCCGGUCGCCAUCUCGAGACGUACAAGGCUCUGGAAGCCAAGCCUGCUGACGCCCUCAUGGAGAGGCAGGAAGGAGACACGUUAUCGAAACUGACGGACGCAAUCUCCUCGGUACGGUCCCUGAAUCGACCCGACGCAGUGGCCCUGCUGAGUUCUUUUGGGAGCCUGGAGCGCCUGGCAGCGGCCUCUGAACAGGAGCUGAUCUUGCAACCGGGCUUGGGACCCCACAAGGCUCGUCGUCUUCACGAGGUCCUGCACCAGCCGUUCAUGCGCUCCUAGGCCAGCUCCUCGUAUGCC